AUGAACUGUUACCUCAUAUUGCUUAUAAUUGUACUGCAAAGCUUUAAACAUUCGUUAUCGAUACAAUGUUGGGAAUGUACUGAUUGCCCGGAACCGUUUUACACCUCGUAUCCUUAUGCUGCGCGAAUUAAUAAUACUAAUUAUGGUGCUGUGUGUAUGAAAACAGUGAUGACUUUAGAUACGACAAAAUUAAUCAAUAAAGGUUCCCUAUUCCAAUGUCCGGCAACGACUAGUACAGCUAAUAUUCAAAUUUAUUGUUGUGGACAGGACUUUUGUAAUCAAGGAGAUAAAAUUAGCACAUUCGCAAAUUCAAUUCUAUUAAGUCUUAUUAUUGUUACAUUGUCUUUUUAUGGAAUAUAA